GGAUAAUGACGGCUUUCCUUUCGUUCCAGACGACUACGUUGAAAGAUUGGAGGAUUAUAUGCCAGGAGAAACUGAUGGAUGCGAACACGACUCUCCUUCUUUGUUACGAGAUAUUCGGAAGGAUGGGCGCUUUGCGGGACCAGAACAGAACUUUUCAAGCGGCGAGCAUAAUCCAUCCUCUUCAUUUGCACACAGUCAAUUACUUGGAGGCAGAGUGUGAAUGAUCACUGUGCCAGUAACGAACCGCUGGAGUCUGUAAUCCAUUCUAGGAGAAGGGACUCUGAGAACGAUGAGCUAGAUGAAGAUAUAAGUCCCACAAAAAACAACAACCAUAUGGAGAUAUAUCUCAGGGGUAUUGAGGAAGGAUGGGUAUUAAUGAUCUAUGCGUUUGAAGGCCUAUGAGUGAUUCAAGGUGUUGUUGAUCAAACGAAUUACUGUCAUCUCCGGCAUCAACCAACUUAUGCCCUUGUAACUGUAAGCUGGAAAGAGCAACUUUACGAAGUGCAUCAAUGUCUCUUUAUUCGACAAUUACCGAAGCUUUUCCAAAUAGCCCCCCAAGCAUCAACCCCUUCACUUGCAUACCUUUUGGCCAGCGAUAUUAGACCGCCAGCGAACGCAGCGAACGUCUUGCUUCUUUUUUUUUCCGCUCAAGCUACCGGCGCGUCCAUUGGUGCAGUCCAUGAUACCGGGCGCAGGAUCUUUUUCAACUUUCCCCCCCGUUUAUCCUGGACGAUAUGGUUACCUUUGCCCAAGGAGGCGAAGCCACUGCAGCAGUCGACAUGGUCGCUUCAAUCCCGGUUAACAUUAAGAAAGAGUUGAGGUUUUCGUGCCUACUUAAACCAUAUCUUGUGCUGCUCGACGCUGCUGUGCAGAAGGGUCGCAAGACAUGGGAAACUUUAGUCGAAAACGCUUCUGUGACACAGGAUCUUCCUCCAGCAUGGCGACUCAAGGUGAUGGAAAUAGAUGAGAGAAGUCCCUUUUCCAGGCAUGAUGGAUCUCUUGUAGGAGAGUACAACUCUGCUGGCGUAUGCCUCGGCCUUCCUAAAAGGAUCGAUCGGCCAGUCUAUUCUCAUCCCGACAUGCGGGAUGACGCCAGGAGAAAGGUGCUAUUUGGAGACUCAACACAUGAUGUUCGGAAGAAGACCGAUGGUGAUGUCUGUUCAAAAUAUUUUGAUACAUGGCUUGCUGACGUCGGUCGGACUGGUGGUAUAGCAGGGAUGUGGUGUCCUCAUGGCAUCUGUCUCGGUUAUCACAUCAUGCUCACGGCUGAAGGACGUAACGACUUCUUCUCGAUGUUACGUUGUUUUCGAAAAACAGCUCCGAAGAUUGUCAUCUACGAUUAUGCCUGCCAUCUGGGACCGUUGCACUAUCCGCGAUCCGACCUUCUUUAGCGACACACGCUUCCUUGUCGAUGAGUUCCACGCCAGUGGACAUACAUCAUGUGCCGUCUCCAGUUCAUUCGCUGUCGCAGCCAAAGCAGACCCUACAUUAGCUCACGUUAAUAGUGUUGAAAGAGUGAUCCAACCGCGGAGAAUAAGGAUGAUUAAGCGAGGUUAGGGUUCCGAGGCGCAGUAGAAUGUUUUUUCCAUAGACAAUCUAUAUACGCUUUAUUCCUCCUUUCUUCUUCAUGCAACGUAGAAACUCUACCCGUAACCGCUAGCCAUACCUGAAUUGUGACAAAUAGUAGUGCUGCAGAGGGUGGGCACUCCGUACUAAAAAAAAUUAAAAAAAAUCACUCAUGUACAUUGACGAAGCGCACUUUUCCAUCACGCUGUACGCGAUGAUUCAAAUAUACAACUGUCGCGUUAUGCUUCGGUCAAAGCAAGACAAGCCCAUCUGGAUUCCAUGAGAAAGAAGUAAGCCCUAGUUUUACCUAAAGGAAAGCCGAAUGC